AUGGCUGCACCCAAACUCAACGAUCCCUCGCUCUUCAUAGGCAAGAACUAUGUCGGCGGCCACUGGGUCGAGUCCGCAUCGCGAAAGACAUUCGACGUCUACGACCCCGCAAGCAACGCCCUAAUAGGAACAUGCCCCGAAUCAACCCCCCAAGACACCGAACAGGCCAUCCGCGCCGCCUCAGCAGCCCUCCCAGCCUGGCGCACCCGCACAGGCCGCGACCGCUCGCGCGUCCUGCGCAAAUGGUACGAACUGGUUAUCCAGAACAAAGAGGACCUUGCGACCCUCAUUACCUGGGAAAACGGCAAAGCGGGCCCCGAUGCAGCAGGCGAGGUACUCUUUGCCGCGAGUUUCUUGGAGUGGUUUGCCGAGGAGGCGCCAAGGGUUUAUGGUGACGUUGUGCCGCACUCGCAGCCUGGGUUUAGGGUUUCGGUGCUGAAGGAACCUGUGGGUGUUGUUGGGCUUAUUACGCCGUGGAACUUCCCUGCUGCGAUGAUAACCCGCAAACUCGGACCUGCUCUUGCAGCUGGCUGUACGGCGGUUGUGAAAACGGCAGGCGAGACGCCGUUCACUGCGAAUGCGCUGCUGGUUCUUGGUGAACGGGCUGGUGUUCCCAAGGGCGUGGUCAACAGUAUCACGGCCCUGGAGAAUACACCUAUAAUCGGGCAGACGCUGUGCGCGUCGAAUACCGUGCGCAAGAUCUCAUUCACGGGCUCGACUCGCGUUGGUAAGAUCCUUAUGAACCAGUCUAGUGACACGUUGAAGAAACUCAGCCUUGAACUUGGUGGGAACGCGCCGUUUAUUGUGUUUGAGGAUGCAGAUCUGGAUAUUGCGGUUGCGGCAGCGGUUGCGAGUAAGUUCAAGUCGUCGGGGCAGACUUGUGUUUGUUCGAAUCGGAUUUUUGUUCAGAGGGGCGUUUAUCAGGAGUUUGUGCGUAAGCUUAAGGAGGUUGUAAAGGGAUUCCAGGUUGGGUCUGGGUUUGAUAGCAGUACUACUCAUGGGCCGCUUGUUACUGCUGCGGCUGCUGCCCGGGUGGAGUCUCUUAUUUCAGAUGCUGUCAAGACUGGUGCUAAAGUUGAAGUUGGAGGAAAACGGCGGUCUGAUCUUGGACCUAACUUCAUCGAGCCCACCAUCUUGACAAAUGUCACGACAGACAUGCGACUAAUGGAGGAAGAGAUAUUCGGCCCUGUUGCGCCGAUCCUCAGCUUUGACGACGAGAACCAAGUCGUCGAUAUCGCAAACAAGUGUGAUGUAGGUCUGGCAUCUUAUGUCUUUUCGCAAGACGUCAACCGUGUUGCGCGCGUUACAGAGACUCUCUCCUUUGGGAUGGUUGCGGUGAACACUGGGGUUGUGUCAGAUGCAGCUGCUCCGUUCGGUGGUGUCAAGCACUCUGGUCUAGGCCGCGAGGGAAGCAAGUAUGGCAUAGAGGACUACUUGAACAUGAAGACGGUUAUUACGGGGAAUGUCAACGUCGUUCAUAGGGCAUCUUUGUAG